AUGGCAGCAAUCAAUAUGCCUGGCGCUCAAGAUUUGUUGACGUCAUCGCUUUUUAUAGUGCGGAAGCUGAGUAAGGCUUUCUUCAACGCUCAAAAUGGUGAUCAAGUCGGUAAGUCUUCAGAAGUUUUCGCCUCUUUCAAGGUUUAUACUUCCGCUAUCAGAGUACUGAUUGUUUAUAGUCGUCUAGGCUGA